AUGGAGAAAGACAGUGAUCUGGAUAUUUUCCUCAAAAGUUUUGAAAAGGUCUGCAGGCAAUUCCAGCUACCCCCUGCAGAAUGGGCUAAGUACCUCACUCCAGGACUAAGAGGCAAAGCACUAGAAGUGUUUGCAGCAUUGCCCACGACUAUGGAUCAAGAUUAUGAGGCUAUUAAAAAGGCCUUAAUCCAAUGGUUUAACCUCACCCCGGAGGUAUACCGAAAACAGUUUAGGACUUUUCAGCGCACAGGUACUGACAGCUACUCAGACCGGAACCAUUUCAGGCAGUGGACCCAGGGAUGGGGUGUUACCACUUUGGAAGACCUGGAGGAUCUGAUGCAUCUGGACCAGUUCCUUCACACCUGUUCUAUGGAAAUGAGACAGUUUAUUCUGGAACGUGAGCCUAGGACCCUGGAUAAAGCUGCCCAGUUUGCAGAUAUAUACGCUGCCAGUCGAGGGCCAGAGUCAUGGAAACCUGCUGUGCCAGGUUGGAAGGGGGAACAACCCCCUGUUAACACUUUUACCCCUACUCGCAGAUCUCUAGGAGUUACCCCUGCCCAAGUUACCAGGCCUGCUGUGGAUAACGGCAGGUGUUAUGUGUGCAACCAAGUCGGGCAUAUCAGCACUGCUUGCACAGAAAAGUGGAAAACCACCCCUUUGCCCAAACCAUCUAUUUCAUCCCCAGCCAUUUUGUUUGUGGGUGGGAAACAGAGGGCAUCUUGUGACAAUUUACACGCGGUCACUGUGGGCAACACAGUCACCAUGGGACUGAGGGACACAGGUUCCGAGAUGACCCUUGUGCACCCAGAGCUUGUCAACUCAGAAGACCUUAUUCCCGGAAGAACUCUAACCGUUGCUGGAGUUGGAGGUCUAAUCCCUGCUUUACCCAUGGCCCGAGUUUACCUGGAUUGGGGGGCGGGAAGAGGAAUGAUGGAAGUGGGGGUAACAGAUAAGAUUCCCACUAAUGUGCUAGUAGGAACUGAUCUUGGACGUUUAGUCUCAAGGUAUAUUCCCUCAGACAUUGAGGAGGACACCGGCGAGCGUGCAGCCCCAUGUGAGUUGGCGCCAGUUGCAUAUGGUGAUAUUGAAACCAAGCCUACUAUGAAAUGUGAUAACUCUGUGUUUACCAAUGUGUUAGAAUUUCAUAAUGAUACUGUGCCUAAUGAUAACCUGAACGUAGUAACCAAUGCAUUAGGUGAAAUUUGCAUAACUAACAAUAAUGUAGAAGUUGAUAUGUGUUCAUCAAACGAUAAUGUCUUGUGUAGCAGUUUAGUGGCAGGAAAUGUCAUAAAGAUGCAUGAAGUUCCUGUCACAUCCACAUCCACCCUCCUGCACCGAGAGGGGGAGAAGGAUGUGUCCAUUUGUUAUGAAACCCGUAGUCAGAGUGCCUAA